AUGAAAUUAUAUUGUUUAAGUAACGAUCCAAAUAAACCAUGCCAUGUUUUAACAUUCCGAGAAAUUACCAUGAUGUUGGAUUGUGGUCUCUCUAUGCAAUCUUUAUUAAAUUUUUUACCUUUAUCAUUUGUACCAUCUAACAAAUUAAUGAAUUUGCCUAACUGGAUGCCCAGCGAUACUUCAGAUCCCGACCUAGAAGGGGAAUUAAAAGAAAAUGGAGACAGAGUUUUUGUAGAUUCUCCUCCCGAGUUUUGCCCUCCUUUGGAUAAACUUAUAGAUUUUUCUCAAGUAGAUGUUAUUCUUAUUUCCAAUUACUUAUGCAUGAUGGCAUUGCCGUUUAUAACAGAGAGCACAGGUUUUAAAGGUAGAGUAUAUGCUACCGAGCCCACCUUACAAAUUGGAAGGUUGUUACUAGAAGAGUUGGUUAUAUAUAUUGAACAGUGUCCUAAAGCUAACUUUGCUGCACAAUGGAAAAAUUUUUUGCAUAAAUGCCCCUAUCCAUUGAACGAAUCCUUUAAACCAAAGUCAUGGAGGCAGAUUUAUAAUAUGAACAGUGUUAAUGCAAGUUUAUCGAGAAUACAGAUGGUGGGAUAUAAUGAGAAGAUUAAUGUGUAUGGUGCUUUGCAAGUUAUCCCAGCAAGUUCAGGCUUUUGUUUGGGAUCAGCUAAUUGGGUUAUAAGCACAGAACAUGAGAAAAUCGUUUAUCUUAGUGGCUCAAGUACACUCACCACACAUCCAAGGCCAAUGGACCAUCAUGCACUUAAAAGUGCUGAUGUUUUAAUUAUGACUGAUCUCACCCAAACCCCUAUCAGUAACCCUGAUUCAAUGCUGGGAGUUUUAUGUGUAGUUGUUGGCUUGACGUUGAGAGGUGGUGGCAAUGUUUUGAUACCCUGUUAUCCAACUGGGGUAGUUUAUGACCUUUUCGAGUGCUUGUCGGGUAAAAUGCAGGAACUGGGCGUUUCCAAUUGCCCGAUGUUUUUCGUAUCACCAGUAGCCGAUAUGUCAUUGGCGUACUCUAACAUUUUAGCCGAGUGGUUGUCUUCUGUUAAACAGAAUAAGGUGUACGUUCCGGACGAACCAUUCCCUCAUGCCAUGUUAGUGAAGAGUAAUAAGUUGAAACACUUCAAGCAUAUAUAUUCGGAAGGGUUUAGUACCGACUUUCAAGAACCUUGUGUUGUUUUUUGUGGACACCCCAGUUUGAGGUUUGGAGACGUCGUUCAGUUUAUUGAACUUUGGGGUAAUAAUCCUAGAAACUGUAUAGUAUUCACAGAACCAGAUUACGAUUACAUUGAAGCUUUGGCCCCGUAUCAGCCCUUGCAGAUAAAGGUGGCUCAUUGUGCAAUUGACACUUCAUUGAAUUUUACACAGGCGAAUAAACUCAUUAGAGAUCUGAAGCCGAAGACGCUGGUUGUACCGGAAUGUUAUACCCAGCCACCAGUUUCGGCACCAAAUUUGACAGAAUUGGUGAUAAGCAACCAUCCGGACAGUACGUUGAUACCAUAUAAGUGGGGGGAGGUGAUUAAUUUACCUCUAAAGAGAAAACAGGCUCAAGUGUUCGUUGAGACCAACGUCGCACAAAAAAUCGUACCUGUAGAAGUGAAACCGGGCAUCAGUUUGUCCACAGUCACAGGCACACUUAACGUGAAAGACAAUAUUCACAACAUCCAGGAGCCAGGUUCGGAUAGUAGAAUAAACAAGUUUGUAAAGUAUGAAUGGGGUUCGCUGAAUAUAACAGAGUUCUUGCAAAAGUUAUCGCAAGAAGGUAUAACGGAUGCCAAGGUGGAGUCUCUAGGAAGUAACGUUGUUGUAAUUCACUUGACGAGGAUGCUUUAAUACAACUUGAAGACAACAGCACUCACGUUGUGUGUAACGCUGAUGAACAGUUAAGGACUAAGUUAAGAAAUAUAGUUAUGCAGUGUUUGAAAAAGUUUUAGAUCUAAGACACGUUUGUACGUUUUGUAAAUAAAUUUUUUAUUCGUA